AGGAGAUUGCCAAGCAAAGAAGAAUACAGGGAUGGAGGGAGAGGAGGUGCUGGUGGCUGUGCCUGGGGUAGCUGCGCUACGACCUGUAUUGCUGCCGGCUGUGCGACCUGACCUUCCACCCGGCUUUGACCUGGAGAUGUGGACGGGCGGAGCGAGUAAGGCCAAGGCGACGACCGAGGCAGAGACGGAGGUAGAGACGGAGACGGAGACGGAGGUAGAGACGGAGGCAAAGGCAAAGACGGAGACGGAGACCGAGAUGGAGACGGAGUCCGAGGCGGAUGGCCGGGAGGCAGGAGGACCAAGCUCACAGGCUGAUGGGGAAGUCCAUGGCGUGGACAGCACCAGCUCGGACCAGCGUGUAGUCGAGCCGGGCGCGGCUGUGGCUCCUGUUGCUUCCGAUGGCUGGUCGUCAGAGUCGGAUGAAGGUCCCGUCUGCAGGGUGUGUAGGGUUGGGGAUGGCGACUUGUUUGCUCCGUGUCAGUGUGCUGGAUCCAUGCGGUACAUUCAUCAAGAGUGUCUCGAGCAGUGGCUCAAUGUCUCUCACGCAGAGUCGUGCGAGGUAUGUGGCCAUGCCUUUGCCUUUCAGCCCAUCUUUGAUGCUGCUGCGCCGCCUACCCUUCCGUGGUCGGCCGUCAUGGCUGGCCUUGUGGCUCGCAGCAUGGGUGCAGCGUCCAACGCGGCACGCAUUGGUGCCGUGGUCCUGGCCUGGUUUGUGGUUGUACCGCUUGUCGUCGCUCGAAGCAUCCUGGUCCAGAUCGGUGCCAUGCCGUGGUCGAGUCUGUUCUCGCUGCGGCCGCCGAUCGACGGCCUGCCGACAUUGAUGACCGAGGCUAUGCUCGCGCCUCUGCGCGAGAUAGACCAUGCGCCCGCCGCCUUGCCGCCGCUGGUAGAGUGGGCGGCAGCCGACGUGGCCCAAGGCCGAGACAGCUCGCUGCUUUGGCUGGCGGCAUCGACUCUGUCGCAAGCGCUGGUCGGCACUGUCGCCUGUGUCGGCAUCUUGGGCAUUCUACUCUCGAUCGUGGUGGCAACCGAGUAUGUUGCGAGUCAAGGCCUUGACUACGCCUCGCUGUAUGGCCCAAGGGCUGAGGUUGAGGGCGAGGCCGAGGACGAGGGUGAGGUCGAGGCCGAGACUGCGGAUGGUGCGGAUCCUGGUCCAGCAGCGGGUGCAGAACCAGUAGAGCUCAAUGAUGGCGUCGAUGCUGAAGGUGAUGGUGAAGGUGAUGGUGGCGGCGACGGCGAUGGUCACGCUGCAGCCGCUGACGAUGGACGGCUUGUCUGGGGCUUUGGCGGCGCCGAGAACGGUGGUGGGCGCAACGGCCACGAUGGUCACGACGGCAACGUGGUGCUGGACGGCCUAGGCCUCGACGCCGACCUCGGUUUUGGCGCCCGAGGCGACGGGGCGCUCGGCGCCCCAGGCGACGCGUUGGACGUUCACCACGACGAGCUCGGCGAGUUCCUGGAUGACGACGAGCUCGGGCUGGGCGAGGGCAAUCUCGGAUUCCGCGAGAUUGUGGGCCUCGAUGGCGACUGGACCGCGCUCGCGGAGAACGUCUUUACCAUUGGCCUGGUGUUUGUGGGGGUGACAGCAGUCGGCCUCUCUGCACCGCUCAUUGUGGGCGGCGUGUUCCACGCACAGUUUCCUGCAGCCGGCCCGGCGUCUGUGCGGCGCAAGCUUGUGCUGGGCUACGGCAUGCUUGCCGUGGUGGCGAGUGCAAUGUGGGCGACGCGGAUGCUGCUUGGGCGGCGGGCGCGGAUGUUUGACUUGCCGUGUAGCGUGGUGUGGAUGAGCUGGCAGUACGUGCGGCUUGUGGUGUGCACCCUCACCGAGCUCGUUGCUUUUCCGUUUGUGACGGGCUGGCUGGUCGAUCUUGCCUCGCUCCCGCUGGCGAUUGAGGGAACGACUCUAUCGUCGCGAAAGGCGUUUGCGCGCGAAGCCCCGAUAGCAUCGGCGGUGCUGCACUGGUCGUUUGGCAUGGGCUACAUGAUUCUGCUCUCGCUUCUUGUCCAGCGGCUCCGGCGUGUGCUCCGACGCGGAGUCCUGUGGUUCCUCCGUGAUCCGGAUGAUCCCGAGUUCCAGCCCUUUCGCGAGAUGUUGGAGAUUCCGAUGCUUCGGCUUGUCCGGCGGAUUCUUCUCUCGGUUGUGCUCUAUGUGCUGCAUAUUGGAUGCGUAGUGGGCGUGCCGGUCUACCUUGCGCGGCGCGUGACCAGGGCGCUCGCGCUUCCAGCGACGUCUACGACUGCGCCGCCGAUGCAGACUUUGGUUAAUGUCCUCCUCCUGCAUGCACUGGUCCCCGUCAUCUUUGCUCUCGUGCCGCAAGUCCAGACUGGCCUCGACUCGCUGCUGCGUGGAUUGUUCCAGAUGGCGGCGCGGCCGACCGGACUUGCGUGGUACCUGUUUGACGACGAAGCCGACGGCGAGAAUGAGGCCGAGCAAGCGGAGCGGCUGGAGCGCGGCGAGACGCAAAGCCUGUCUGGCGCACAUGCGGUGUACCUCGGCGGCGCAGCGAUGCUGCUUGGCGCACGUGGCGUGCAGGAGCUGCCGCGACUCGCUGCUGCGAUUUCGUGGCACCGACUGGCCGGCGCUGCCAAGCUGACGGUGCUUGUGGCAGCGUGGUGCGGGUUGGUGGCGCCGCUCACCGGCCUAGUGCUCCAGCACGUGGUCGUCUUCCCGCUGGUGGUAGGCGAGGGACAGACUCCGGUUGUGGCACCGCUGUCCUUCUUUGACCUGGCUGGCGGGCUUUUGGUCUCGACUGGUGCAGCGCGGAUUGCGGCGUCUGUCCCUGGGCCGACACCCUGGCUCCCGUUUGGCUGGAUUCUGCGCGAGAUCGAUGAGAGCCUCGGCACGCCGCCACUGGGGCGCGCGCUACGGUACUUAGUCGCCCCUGUCGCCCUGCUCGAGGUGCUCUUCCUGGCGCUGCCUUACGCGGCUGCGCUGGUUGCCGGGCCAGGGUUGAGCGAGAGUAUCCUUCUCUACGGCCACGGCUGCGUGGUUGCAGCAGCCGUCGCAAGCUGCGCCGCGCGCUACGGCUGGCAGUGGCUUGUGCAGAUGCGCGAGGAUCUGCACCGGGAGCGGUUUUUGGUGGGAACGAGGCUGGUCAAUGCACAGGAGUGAAGCUGAAAAGCGCGAGGCGAAGGCGGCAGUGUUUGUGCGGGUGCAGAAAAGAGUGUGGUCCAGGUAGGCAAAAGCGUCAGGGGUCCGAGCCGGAGCGAAAGGCAAACGGGUCGGCGUUGGCCUCUGUCUGCGGCUCGUCAAAGAGCGAGACGUCGCGCUUGCCGGCGGCAAGGUUGCGCUGGCGCUUGAGUGCCGACGGGGAGCAGGC